CGCGCUCUUGGAGGAAGCGGCGGCGCUGCAGCUGCGGGGCGUGGGGGCGGCGGCUUCGGAGGCCGAGGCGGCAGUGGUGGCCCUGGCGGGAGGCACCAACACCUCGGUCAGAAAAGGCGCUCGGCCCGGACCCUACAGAAGGCCCUAUGGAGGUGGCGGCGGGUGGAGGCUGCGGCGCCGGGCCGCCGUUACUGCUGAGCGAUAGCGAGCAGCAGUGCUACUCUGAGCUCUUCGCGCGCUGUGCGGGCGCUGCAAGCGGGGGCCCCGGACCUGGCCCCCACGAGGCUACCAGGGUCGCCCUCGGCACUGUCACUGCGGCCGCUGGCCCGGUAGCCGAUCUGUUUCGAGCGUCGCAGCUGCCACCGGAGACAUUGCACCAGAUCACAGAACUGUGUGGUGCAAAGCGAGUUGGUUAUUUUGGCCCAACACAGUUUUACGUUGCCCUGAAAUUGAUUGCUGCAGCACAGUCUGGCCUCCCUGUGAGGACAGAGAGUAUUAAAUGUGAACUGCCUCUGCCUCGCUUUGUGAUGUCGAAGAGUGAUGGUGAGAUACGGUUUGGAAACCCAGCUGAGCUGCAUGGAACGAAGGUUCAGAUUCCAUACUUAACCACAGAGAAAAAUUCCUUCAAAAGAAUGGAUGAUGAGGAUAAACAGCAGGAAGCACAGUCUCCCAGGAUGUCACCCCUCGCCUCCCCUCCUUCUUCCCCGCCUCAUUACCAGAGGGUGUCCUUGAGCCAUGGCUACAGCAAACUGCGGAGCGGCACAGAACAGAUGCAUCCAGCUCCAUAUGAAAGUAGGCAGCCCAUUGGCCAGCCUGAGGGACCCUCAUCAGAGGUUCCAGGAGCCAAAUCCUUCCGACGUCAGGCAUCUCUUAUUCGGUCCUUUUCAGUGGAGAGAGAACUGCAGGAGAACAACAGUAAUUACCCAGAUGAGCCCUGGAGGAUAACAGAAGAACAGCGGGAGUACUAUGUCAAUCAGUUUCGGUCCCUCCAGCCAGACCCGAGUUCCUUCAUUUCAGGGUCUGUGGCCAAGAACUUCUUCACCAAAUCAAAGCUCUCCAUUCCAGAACUCUCUUAUAUCUGGGAACUCAGUGAUGCUGACUGUGAUGGAGCCCUGACCUUGCCUGAGUUCUGUGCUGCAUUUCAUCUCAUUGUAGCCAGGAAGAACGGCUACCCACUGCCAGAGGGCCUGCCUCCAACUCUGCAGUCUGAGUACUUGCAAGCAGCUUUCCCUAAAUCCAAGUGGGAGUGUGCAAUUUUUGAUUCUUAUUCUGAGUCAAUGCCAGCAAACCAACAGUCCUGUGACUUGAAACGGAUGGAGAAGACAUCUGUUAAAGACUUGGCUGACUUUCCUGUCCCUACCAAAGAUGUGACUACUGGUGAUGACAAACAAGCUUUGAAAAGUACUGUUAACGAAUCCUUACCAAAGGACGUAUCUGAGGAUACAGCAACUUCUAAGGACUGCAACAGUCUCAAAGCAAGACCAAGAUCCAGAUCUUAUUCUAGCACCUCCAUAGAAGAGGCCAUGAAAAGGGGUGAGGACCCUCCCACCCCACCACCACGGCCACAGAAAACCCAUUCCAGAGCCUCCUCCUUGGAUCUGAAUAAAGUCUUCCAGCCCAGCAUGCCAGCUGCUAACUCAGGAUUGUUACCUCCACCACCGGCACUUCCUCCACGACCAUGUCCAACGCAGUCUGAACCAGUGUCUGAAGCUGACUUACAUCCUCAGAUGAACAGAGCUCCUUCUCAAGCUACAGAAAGCAGUCCAACAAAGAAGGAUGCACCACAUGCUCAGCCUCCAUCAAAGCCUAUUCGCAGGAAAUUCCGACCUGAAAAUCAAACUACAGAAAGCCAAGAGCCUGCUGCUGCAGUUGGAGGGGCAGCUUCUGCAGCAAUGGUGAAACCCCAACCAACAGUACAAAAGCAGUCUUCCAAGCAGAAGAAGGCUAUUCAGACUGCCAUUCGCAAAAAUAAGGAGGCCAAUGCAGUGCUGGCUCGCCUGAACAGUGAGCUUCAGCAGCAGCUGAAGGAGGUUCAUCAAGAAAGGAUUGCAUUGGAAAACCAAUUGGAACAGCUUCGCCCAGUCACAGUGUUGUGACAUCCUCAAGACUUGAGUGACAGCAGGUGACCUUGUCUGCCAAGAUGUUUCUUUUGAGUGUUUGAGCCCAACUACUUGUCAUAUAUGUCUGAAUAUCAAAAGCUGUGAGCAACACAAUAUAAUCUAUAUGACUUUCUCUUUUGCAUUUCAUUUGUGUAUUUUACAGUGGUGGUAAAAUAUGUAUGUCUUCAAUUGAUCAUUGCACUUAAAAUUUUAAUUAUCAGCUACUUCGGAGGUUAUAGCAGAAGGGCCAUAAGCUCAAGGCCAUCUUGAGAAGCUUGUUGAGACACUGUCUCAAAUGAAAACUAAAAAAAGAGGUGUGCAUAUAGCUCAGUGGUAGAUAGAGUGCUUGUCUGAUAUAUAGGAAGCCUCAGUUUAAUCUUAAGUCCCAUUUAAAAAAUAUACUUACCAUUGGAAUUUAUCUCCCAUUUUAACCACUUUUAGAUACUGCUCCUUAUUUAAGUUAGUCUUUUAGCAGAUAAUUCAGAACAUUAUUUAUUUAAAGAAUUUAUAAUUUUAUGGAACCUGUUAAUGAUGUACCACCAGGAUGCUCAUUUUAUUCUUAUAUGUAUCCUAUAUAUAGUUCAUCAGUUUCCUGAAUAAUGUGCAUUCCAGCUGGAUAGUCUUAGGCACGAUGAUAAUAAAAACAAAAGCUGGAAUACAAUUAAAGGAUCAGAUUUACACUGGCACUGUGCCCUCUACCACUAUAUGCCAACAACUGCUUCUGUAGUACCAUUUUGAUAUUAUAUCAGUUAUACAUAAUACAUGACUAUUGUUUUCUAUUAAAUAUCAGAACAUUACUAGUUCUUUACACCUCCAUGAAGUAGUGAUUUUGGCAAUGAACUGUUUAACUUGGCCAAUCUAGGCCAUCAACCUAGAUAACUUAGUCCUUUUCAUGUAAACUUUUGCGCAAGCACAAUCUACUUUAACUGCCUUGCCUGAUCAAAUUAAAUCAAUAAUUGCCAGAUCUCUGCUUUUAUCCUGCAUGGGAUAACAUCUUUGUAAAUGCCUGAGCUUGGAAACCACCCAACAAAUAUAAGUAGCUGGAUAGCUACCUAUUUGUUGUUGAAUCCAGGAACCAGGCGGAAAAGGGAAGAGAAAUAGCCAUUAACUCUGCAACAAUCCUUGGCUGUUGUCAUUGUUGUCUUUAUUUUAGCCUGGAUUUCAAAUGUGUUGCUUCUGAAGACACAAUGAAAGAAUGCAGUCUUACCACCAGCUACAUGACUACUUCUUCUCUGUAAAGUGUGCUCUUGGGGAGUAUUAACUUUAUAUACAGUUCAGGGGGGCCCAGCUAACUCUAGUGGAAGUGAUACAAAGCAAGCUUAAAUUGCAGAAGCAAGUAUCCUGUAGAAAUUUAGUAGUACAGCUCAAUUGAAAGUAGGAAAUGACUGACCUGUAGGGUUACAGGGUCCUUGAAUCACUGAUCUUCAACAGGGCAUUGUAAUGUUAGCAUUAGUGUGGACAGGGUACUUUUGAAAUGGUUUGGAUAGAUUUAUAAUAUGUAAGAUUAAGCUGUUGAUUUCAAUAGAGCUGAGAGUGUUUAGUAAAAAUAAGCAUUUAUUUAAUACUUCCAUGUUCCUUUGGCAAGCUUUAUCAGUAGCUUAACAACAGAAGAGUUCAAACACAUGAUGUUUUUCCAAAGAAAAACAAAAUGUUGACUCUCUUCCAUGCAUAUUUAAGGAUUUGAAUCUGAUUUGAUUUAGAAAGUCAUGAAACUUGAACUAUUUCCACAUUUCUUUUUUUCCUUUGGCUGCCUUUUUUAAGUUGUUGUUGUUCUUGUGGGGAGGGCUCAGGAAUGACUUUAACCCCUCCUAAGAUUAUGGUUGGGUCAGUGCAAAUUCCUGGGUGACUUCUUUUUUCCAUAUGCUGGGAUGUGGGGGCUGUGACAGAUUUUCAACAGUAUUAUGAUUGCAGAUGUUUUACAGCAUGUUUGGCAUUUUGUACAUUCAAUACAGGAAAGACUAACAUGAACUUGAUCUCAAAAUCUUCCAGCGCAUAUGCACUCACUUGGGAUAGCACUUCAUAUCCACCAACCAGACACAACCUAAGGAAUGUUAGUCUACUGAGCAUUUAAAAACACUGACAUGUCAUUUCCCUUAUGAAGUAAAUGACACAAAGAACUGGGUGAAGAGAUUGGAAUUUUAUUUAAUUGGCUUUGUUUUCCUUAAAGGAUAAAACUUGCAUUGGACAAUCAAGGCCCUCUGAGUUUCACAGCCUCACCAAUAUAUUUCUUGUGGUUCUGGGAUCAAACCCAGGACAGCAUUCAUUCUAGACAAGGCCAUACCUUCAGCCCAUUACCAAUAUUUUAACUGAAGCAUUUCAUUAAACCACACACCAAUAUCACACACACACACACACACACACACACACACACACACUAUUUUUAGCUAGACUUUUGAUCAGUUUAUUAGUUGCUUAUAAAUAUAUUCUUAAAAGGGAAUACUUGUGUUUCUAUUAAAUAUACACUACUAAAUACAUGUUAUGUGACAAGUAUUUAUCCUUUACUUCUGUGUUUUAUUAGGACGUACACUUUUAGGGCUACAGUGUCUGAUAAUAUUUUUGAGAGCCUUUAAUAUGAUAUAGGUUGGAAAACACAUUGAAAUCACUUAUAGAACUACUUUGGAAUUUAUCUCCAUUUACCACAAAAAAGAAGCUUCUUUGAUGAAGGAUGAGAGAUGAAGAUUUGCUUGUUUUAUAGAAUUCUACAGCAUGAAGGUUAACCCUGUCUCCAUUCAUGGGAGUUUAAUUGCCCUGUUGCUUAAUGGUCUUCCUUCAUGGGGAUCCUCCAGUCCUACAGAUGAAAGCACAGUAGGAAAUGAUCAUGGGCUUAUUGGGGCUUUUAGCAUCUCUAGUAAGUAGCAUACAGCUUUGGCCAGCUUUCUAUCCAUAGACCUAAAGCAGAGCCUGAAUGAUAAAUAGUAGGAAUGGAUGUGCAAUGUGACAAUCAAGGCAGAUAUUUGCCCUAGUUGGAAAGAUCUAAGCACGUUAUAAGCAUCAGACAAGUGUUUGAGACUAAUUGAGAAACGAAUCAGCUUAGAUGGAAGCUGUACUAUGUGAAUAUUAGAACUAGGCAGGACCAGUGUUCUCUUUUAUAGCUAGCAUGAGAAAAUCACAUUCCUGAGAAUUGUAGACUCUUGGCCCAGGAAUCCACAAUAAAAGAUAGCUAGUGGUAACGUUGGGAUGUAGCCUGAUUUUAUAGUUUCCAAGAUAGUCCUCUGUCAAUCCUAAAAAUAGAUUAGAAAGCCUUUUCUAUUUAUCAUGUUGAAUUGUAUUGACUUAAUUGGUCUUUAGAUAUGAAAGCAUCUUCUAAGGAGUUUUAGAUCUAGACAUUUCUCUCAGAUUUAAGGAAAAAAUAAAAUUUGAGGGAAAAUAAUGUUAUCAAACUGUUCUAAUGGUUCACCUUUGAUGAUGCAGUAUGUUCCUUUAAAUCUUGGCAGAACUUUAAAAAGAUUUCAAUAGAUUCCAGUCCCAUAUUCCUAUGGGCCUUUGCUUUCUCAAAUAGACUACUGUGAUAAAAAUGAGCUUAAUAUGUAGUAGCUUCUAGUUUUCUCCAGUAUACUGUUGGUUGCUCACAAAUGGUUCGUUUUUAACACAUUUUAGGAAUAAGUAAUCAAAACAUGAACUUUUCUUUUGACUUCCUACCAGUGUCUGAACUAUUGUAAAAUGGUAUGUUUUUAGUUGUGUUUUGACUGUAUAGUAUUUCUAAAUAUUUCUCUAUGUCCUGCAUAGUCUCAUAACUGUGGCCAUAAUAGAUACAUAAUUAGAAGAUCACUUAGACAAUAUCUGGAAUUGAUGUGUUUCUUGCAAUCAAGAAAGACACUUGCAAAUGUUUUUUUCUAAGCAGUAGUUAGAAAGAGCUCAAUUAUAGUAUUAACACCUUAAAGCCAAAACAUUUGUUCAGCACAAACUACCAUCACACCUCUUACUAAAUAUCAUCAAGAGGAUAUGGAUUUAUAAACGUAAACGCAAGACUUUACCAUCUCUCAUAAGCAGAUUGCCCCAUGUGAUUGACAAGGAGGCUCAUUGGGUUGUGGUUUGAACACUGAGGGUGUGAAGAAAAUGAAGCAGUGGCUAAAGAAAUCUUCUCCCCUCACUAAAUAUAACAUCAGUGGUUUUCUUUUCUCUUUCCAGCUGAUUAAUUCUAUUUCAAGUGUUCCCUUAAAACUCAGAUCUCAACACUUUAGUUGAAUUUUUACUCUAGUUAUGGGUGUUACAGGUUUUUUUUUGUGUUAUGACUCAGUGUUCCUAGUCAGAAGCAGAGAUCUGGAUGUGUGCAUUCCUAAGCCUGCGCACCUUCCUCCACUUUCAGCAUGGCCAAUGGAGACAUCCCACCAACAUAGCUAGGUUGGUCACUGAUGGCCAUUUCAAUAAAUAUUUUUGUGGGACAUUUUGCUUUCUCUGUUUGUGAAAAGAAACGUAUCUAAUUAUUUGAACCUCUGAAGAAUUGUAGACAAGGAAAACUAGACUUUAAAAGGUAUCCAUGUAGAUUCCGAGAGCUGCUGCCCAGUAGAAGUCUUAUAAAUAUGCCUUGAAACAGCCAUUGUGUAAUUUUGAGCUGGGCAGCCCAGGUAUAGUUAGUUUUAGGCUUGUAGAUUUACUUCCUAGUUCCUCUAAACACACAUGGUGGUAAGAACACAUUGAAAGCACUGCAGGUUGCACUUGACAGUACCCAGUCUGUCUGCAAAAGCCUUGCUUUGCUGGCAACUAUUGGAGAAUGCUUAGUUUGCAUGUCUUGUGAUUUCUCCUGUCUUGCUCCUAGCUAAUUUCAUGGCUGUGGAAAGUUAGCAACACUAGGUUUAUGAUUCUGAAGACCAGAGGACAGCAGGCUUUAAGAGGGCUUAAAUUGGGAUUUGAGGACUACAGUAAGGAGACCGUAAGGUACCAGGUUCAGAGCAGUCCGGGAUGAUAGUACUAAAUCCUAAAGUUCUUUCAGGGAGCGCUGCCGUGAGACUGAGCACAGUAUUUCCAUCAUAUGCCAGUUUGACCAACUAAGUUGUAGUUUUUGUUUCAAGUCAGCUUAUGUGAUAACUUCCACUGCACCUAUCUUGGGAAGCAGGGAUACCCUCUUUAGAACAAGAGCUGCCAUUCUUUUCAUCUUCAGCACGAGGAAGGUAUUUAAGUGAGCCAGAGACAAAAAGAGCCAUUUUAGUCUUCAUAGUUAUCUGCUAAGAGAGAUAAUGAGCUGACUGUCUAUUUUAAAGUCGAAGGUAAAAAAUGUAUACUAUAUUUUUUCACUACAGGUACAUGUAACAGUAAAACGUGUAACAGCAAAGUAUAUAUUUGAUGCUUUCUGUCGUUUCAUGAUAUUGUGCUAACAAGUUGUGCUAAUAUGUAACUCAACCAGAGUUUCACUCAUUUGCUAAGCAUUGAGAACAUUCUGUGUAUUUACCUUAAACAUAUAUAAAUUCCUGAGAGUGUCCUAUAUUUGAAUUGUGAUUUGUAGACUCAUGCUAACUUUACUGCCUCUUUUUCACACUUGUUGAAAAAUCUGUGAAGAACAUAGUAAGUUAAGGAUUUCCAACUUGGAAAAAUGUACAUGAUGUGAAACUGGGGUGCUAUAUUAAAAAUAAACGUAUGAUAACUCAU